UCAAUCAGUCCAGCGCGUGAUGACGUCUCCCUCACACAGGUGAUCUCUAUUAGCUUACCUCAUAUGCUAUCAGUUGUCGCCUUUGUUCACCAUCAGCUCAGCUCCUUCCGGUGAGAGGGUGUUUUUGUAGCGGGUUUGUUGUUGUUUGUUUUCGGGGAAGCUCCAGUCGGGUUUCGCAGAUAUUAUGCCGGAGCAGUGAAGUCAGGAUCAUGGCGGAAAAUCAUCAUCUGGACUACCGCUACGUUGAGGGCGCGCAUUAUAACGAGGACCCGGAGCUGAUGGCCAUUAAAGCAAGGGUUCAAGAGCUGGAAAUGGAAGAUGAGACGGAGAAACUUAAGGAGGAGGAUGACCGAUAUGACAUGGAGGAGAUGCAGCUCCUAACCAACAGCCCUCGACCUGGACCCUUCUACAAUAUGACUCCAGAGGAGCGGAUGGAUGCAGACAACCGAUCAAUCUAUGUUGGAAAUGUAGAUUAUGGAGCUACUGCAGACGAGCUGGAGAUCCAUUUCAAUGGCUGUGGUCCUGUGAACAGAGUUACUAUCCUGUGUGACAGAUUCUCUGGUCAUCCCAAGGGCUUUGCUUACAUUGAAUUCACUGAUCGAGACUCCGUGCAGAGUGCUAUUGGUUUGCAUGAGACGUUGUUCAGAGGAAGAGUUCUGAAGGUGAUGCCUAAAAGAACCAACUUCCCAGGAAUCAGCACCACAGACCGGGGAGGAGGACGUGGAGGAGGAGGAGGAGGAGGAGGCGGCGGCGGCGGCGGCGGCGGCGGAGGAGCUCACGCCAGAGGCAGAGGACGUGGUUAUCGUCCUCCCAGAUACCAAAACAGCUCAAGAGGAAGAUUCCGAUACCAGUCGACGAGACCUCAACACCAAUCCCCCCACCCUUAUUACGGAGGACAGUCUGUGGGAAAGAGACAGUGGGGAAACAUGGAAAACCACGAACAAACUGCAAAACGUUACCCAUGUCUUCUUCUCAUCACACCUCCAUCAGAGGAAGUGGGGGCAGCGUCAAGUGGACAGAACUACCCUCAGCAGCGUUAGCAUUACAGUUUAAUUCUGCUGGGUGGGACUGAUUUUAAACUGUAAAUUCUUUUAGGCGUUGUUUUUUGUUUUUUUUUAUCCUGUGACGUACUGGGUUGACCCGAGUCAACCGUACGUCUAGGUGAGGUGUGACGAAAGCUGACUGAGGUCAAGGUUGUUGCUGUGAAUGCAUGGGAGUCAAGUUAUGC